AUGGCUCCUGUCUCGUUGCCUCCAGGUUUUAGGUUCCAUCCAACCGACGAAGAACUAAUCACUUACUAUCUCAAAAGAAAGAUCAAUGGUCAAGAGAUCGAGCUAGAGAUCAUCCCUGAAGUAGACCUCUACAAGUGCGAACCAUGGGACUUGCCAGGGAAGUCAUUGCUUCCGAGCAAAGACCAAGAAUGGUACUUCUUCAGUCCACGUGACAGAAAGUACCCCAAUGGUUCAAGGACGAACCGGGCAACAAAAGGCGGCUAUUGGAAAGCUACGGGCAAAGACCGGCGGGUGAGUUGGAGAGAUCGAGCCAUAGGAACCAAGAAAACAUUAGUUUACUACCGUGGACGUGCCCCACAUGGGAUUAGAACCGGUUGGGUCAUGCAUGAAUAUCGUCUCGAUGAAACCGAAUGCGAGCCUUCUGCUUUCGGCAUGCAGGACGCAUAUGCACUUUGUCGCGUGUUUAAGAAAAUAAUAAUUGAAGCGAAGCCAAGGGAUCACCAUCAACAACAACAGCAACAUCAGCCUUAUGUUCACACGAGCUCGAAUAUAAGUGGCAAUUCGAGUUUUGACGUUUGUUCAGAUCUCGAAAUAAGUUCAACUACACAACAAGUUGUACAUUAUAAUACCCAACCACGAUUUGGAAACGCAAACCCAAACGGUGAUCAUGAUGACUGGUCGCAAUACUUGUCACAAGACAUCUCUGCGAGUUUCUCAAAUUACGGAUCUCCGUAUGGACCAAACCUCACUCAAUCAAAGACCGAAUGUGAGAUGUUUCAACAUCGAAUGUCAUUGCCACCACUGCGAGUGGAAAAUUCCCCGGUUCAAGCCGCCCAACUCUCCAAUAGAAUGGAUCAAAACAGCGGUCAAUGCGGUUUCGAAGACUUUACUUUUGCUGCAAGUAACUCCAACCAGUUUUAUAACAGCAACGUUGAUGAUCAUUUGACACAUGUUGGAAAUUUCGAUGAACAAUUGCUCAAUGCUGGAAAUUCGACAUGGAUGAGAAUGUCUAACGAGAAUUUACAACAGAGUUUUAUAGACGAACAAGAGAUUUUGCCAAGUAUCGACGAUAACGAUCAAGAUCUAGAAUUUUAUGGCAGAUCUCAGACCAAUACAAUCAACAACAUAGAGAUCGAUGAGUUUUUCUCGUUUGAGAAACAAGUAGACGACAACAAUAACUCAAACAUGACCCUAAACUCUUCAGGAUCCGAAAUGAUCGAAAAGAAGAUUAGUGUAAACCACAAAAUGCUCAUUUGUACACGCCAAACAACGGAAGUUUUAUACUAUCAAGUCGUACCGUCGCAGAUUUUGAAAAUUCACGUAAAUCCAGUUCAAGGAAUUGAAGAGAGAACAAUGUUUAUGGAAGAAGGCAAGGAGUCUUGGUUCCAGAUGGCUGAAAAUGUUGCCAAGAUGAAAGUGAAGCAUAUUAGUUUAGUUGCAAAACAUUAUUACAAAUGUCUAUCCAUCAUUUUCUGA